ACAUGAAAAUAAUCAAUGGCAAAGGGCAUAGCAGAUGACAACACGAGAAGAAUCGCCCCAAGGUCCAAUUUAACUUAUGUGUUGAAUGGCAAGCUUAAGCAUUUAAUUUCCUUAACUGCGAAGGAUCCCCAGGUAUACAUAUAUGGAGCAGCUUCCCUCUCUUCUCUAUCAUUCCAACUAUCAAGCAGAUUUCUCUUCAAGCCAUUGCCGUCUUUAGCCCAUAUCAACUGUGAAAGAAAGAAAGAAAUGGCUCUGAAAUUGACAAUUGAGCAAGAAUUUUCACAAUUAUCUGAAAGGGUGAAAUCUCUUGAUCUACAUCCAACACGACCAUGGAUUCUAACAAGCUUGUAUUCAGGAACUGUGUGUAUUUGGAACUACCAGACACAGACCAUGGAGAAGUCUUUUAAGGUCACAGAAUCACCAGUAAGGUCAGCAAAGUUUAUUGCAAGAAAGCAAUGGAUUGUAACUGGAUCGGAUGACAGAUUCAUCCGCGUAUACAAUUAUGAAACAACGGAGUUGGUCAAAGAGUUUGAGGCACACAGCGAUUACAUUAGGGGUGUGCUCGUCCACCCCACCUUGCCAUGUGUGCUCUCGUCUUCCGAUGACAUACUUAUAAAGAUGUGGAAUUGGGAGAAGGGAUGGGAGUGCGCUCAGACCUUUGAAGGACAUUCACAUUAUGUAAUGCAAGUCGUGUUCGAUCCAAAAGAUACCAGCAUCUUUGCAAGUGCAUCACUUGAUGCCACCGUGAAGAUUUGGAAUCUUAAUUCUCCUACUCCUGUUGCUACACUAAAUGGUCAUUCCAAAGGCGUAAAUUGUAUCGAUUUCUUCAUGCGUGGUGACAAACUUUAUCUAUUGACUGGUUCUGAUGAUUUUACUGCCAAGGUGUGGCACUACGAAACAAAAAGUUGUGUCCAUACACUAGAAGGUCAUACCCACAACAUCACUUCAUGCUGUGUUCAUCCACGGCUUCCCAUCAUAAUCACUACUUCCGAGGAUAAUACUAUCCGUCUAUGGGAUGCAACAACUUACCGACUCGAGAACACAUUGGAUUAUGGUCUUCAAAGAGUUUGGGCAGUUGGAUGCAAGCAAGAGUCAUGCCAAGUUGCAUUUGGUUGUGACAAUGGAACCACUAUGCUCAAAGUAGCUGUUGCAGACGCAGGGACAACACAGUGAAACCUCAAAUUCAUGAGAUGACGAGGACUAACGUAAUCGAUCUUCCACAACUGAUACUAUAUCGUGUUUUGAGGGAAUAAAAUCGUCGAUCUUCUGAGUGGAAGAGAAGAUCAGGAUAAUGUCAGCUGCUAUUAUAGUCUUUUCGCUUGCCCUCCUACAUUUCCCAUGAUAAUGGCUUGUACUGUACUGCAUAAUCUCCUAGCUAUCGUAAUAUAUAUGUUUGCCAAGACAAUAAAGUUUUAUUUCUAAA